AUGGUGGUUAAUUCAUUUCUGUUAACCAGAGAUAAUCUUGCAAAAGCUAACAUUCAGAUAUCUAGUUUUCUUUGUCCUGUCUGUGAUGAGCAUUUGGAGAGCCAUCAACAUCUUUUUUUCGACUGCUGUUUAUCCAUGAAGGUGCUGGGUUUUAUCUUCACCUGGAUUGGGUUUCCUGCCUGGUCUUCUAAGUUUUCGGCUUGCACAGUUAGUGUUAGUGCUGGGAAUAAUAAUAGAUUUAGUCUCACUUUGAAUAUGAUUCUUGCUGCUGUGGUUUAUAGUAUUUGGAGGAAUAGGAAUAGGUGCUUAUUUGAUGGUUAUUCACUGUCAACGUAUUGUAUAGCCAAAGAGAUUAUUACUUUAGUGAAAUAUAGAAUGUAUAUGGUUCAGAUUAGGAAAGAUGGCCCUCUUUUCAAGCUUUUCUUGAAGAAGCUCCAAUUGUAUGUAAUUUGA